GUAUGUGCUGUUACUAAGUAUUGUACCGAUCGGGUCAGUCGUGUUGUUGGAUGUUUAAGUGAUUCUUACGUUUCAUCAAAGCAAUCAGACGUUAUAAAUUAAUUAAUAAAGAAUUUUAUGAAAGUAAUUUAAUGAAGUUGUGAAAAGCAAAGUGACUAAAUAUUUAUUUCUAAAUUAUAUGUGACUAAAAAUGAACCUUGAAUUGUCUACCAACCGCAAUCACGUGUUGUAUUUUAUAACCUAAUAGAAUAUUUGUAAUACAGUUUUCACUCUAUUCGCAUAGAUAAUGGCAUACACGGCGUUCAGAAGUGACACACCAGAGGAUCGCAGAAAAGCAGAAGAAAUGAUUCACGAUUUCUUCAGAGAUUUGCCAGUAGCAGCUGUGUUUGGUAGAGAGAACAGUUUCCCCCAGCCCCGUAUCUACAACAUAGCCCCAGAGGAUUUCAUAGUGAAAGCGAUUGAUUCUGCGGGAACGAUCAUAGGAUUUGCCAUAAACAAAACCAACCUCAAAAUAUAUCCGCAAGUUUCACCAGACGGAUUGGAGAUACAAGAAUUUUUUCAAUUUGUCAAAAAGAACUCUAAACUGGAUCAACUUCCAAAACGGACGUUGGAGCUGCGUGUGUUGUGGGUAUCUAAGGAGUGGAGACGACGUGGAGUAGCUAAGACGUUGGUAGAGGAAAGCAUGAAGGAAGCCAAGGCCGCUGGGUUCGAGGCUAUAAGGAUGUGCUGUGGGAAUGAGUAUACUGCGAGGCUAGCUAGAAGGAUGGGAUGGCAGGAACAAUAUCGGCUAGCGUUCCAGGAUUAUCCUAAACUCUCUGGAAAGAAUCUACAGUUGAGCAACGCCCCAGGACAUGAUUACAUUUACUACUAUGUUAUAGACCUUCUGACCCAAGAUAUUUGAAUUAAAAGCUUCUCAAGCUGUUAA